AUGCUGACCAUCAACAUGGGGGGGGGGGUUCCUCCCUGUUCUCCACUGUGUGGCCACGACUCAAACACAAUUAAGUCUGCUGAUGAUACAACGGUGAUAGGACUGAUCACUGACAACGAUGAGGCAGCAGUGUUGUGCCAGGACAACCUCUCUCUCAGCGUCAGCAAGACAAAGGAGCUGAUCGUGGACUACAAGAAACGGAGGGCCGAGUAUGCCCCCAUUCACAACAACGGGGCUGUAGUCGAGUGGGACGAGAGUUUCAAGUUCCUUGGUGUCCACAUCACUAAGGAUCUAUCAUGGUCCACACACACCAACACAGCCAUGAAGAGGGGUUAUUUUAUUAACUCCAACCAAAACAGCCAGGGCCAGCCAGGGGAGACCAGGGGAGACCAGGGGAGACCAGGGGAGGCCAGGGGAGACCAGGGGAGACCAGGGGAGACCAGGGCCAGCCAGGGGAGACCAGGGGAGACCAGGGGAGACCAGGGGAGACCAGGGCCAGCCAGGGGAGACCAGGGCCAGCCAGGGGAGACCAGGGCCAGCCAGGGCCAGCCAGGGGAGACCAGGGCCAGCCAGGGCCAGCCAGGGAGACCAGGGCCAGCCAGGGGAGACCAGGGCCAGCCAGGGGAGACCAGGGCCAGCCAGGGGAGACCAGGGCCAGCCAGGGGAGACCAGGGCCAGCCAGGGGAGACCAGGGCCAGCCAGGGAGACCAGGGCCAGGGGAGACCAGGGCCAGCCAGGGGAGACCAGGGAGACCAGGGAGACCAGGGAGACCAGGGCCAGCCAGGGAGACCAGGGAGACCAGGGGAGCCAGGGAGACCAGGGCCAGCCAGGGGAGACCAGGGCCAGCCAGGGGACCAGGGAGCCAGGGCCAGCCAGGGCCAGCCAGGGAGACCAGGGCCAGCCAGGGGAGACCAGGGCCAGCCAGGGGAGACCAGGGCCAGCCAGGGGAGACCAGGGCCAGCCAGGGGAGACCAGGGCCAGCCAGAGACCAGGGCCAGCCAGGGAGACCAGACCAAGGGAGACCAGGGCCAGCCAGGGGACCAGGGCCAGCCAGGGGGAGACCAGGGAGACCAGGGCCAGCCAGGGGAGACCAGGGAGACCAGGGAGACCAGGGCCAGCCAGGGGAGACCAGGGCCAGCCAGGGGAGACCAGGGCCAGCCAGGGGAGACCAGGGCCAGCCAGGGGAGACCAGGGCCAGCCAGGGGAGACCAGGGCCAGCCAGGGGAGACCAAGGGAGACCAGGGCCAGCCAGGGGACCAGGGCCAGCCAGGGGAGACCAAGGGAGACCAGGGCCAGCCAGGGGAGACCAGGCCAGGCCAGCCAGGGAGACCAGGGCCAGCCAGGGGAGACCAAGGGAGACCAGGGCCAGCCAGGGGAGACCAGGGCCAGCCAGGGGAGACCAGGGCCAGCCAGGGGAGACCAGGGAGACCAGGGCCAGCCAGGGGAGACCAGGGCCAGCCAGGGAGACCAGGGGAGACCAGGGCCAGCCAGGGGAGACCAGGGCCAGCCAGGGAGACCAGGGCCAGCCAGGGAAGCCAGGGGCCAGCCAGGGAGACCAGGGGGAACCCAGGGCCAACCAGGGGAAGCCAGGGGAGACCAGGGCCAGCCAGGGGAAGCCAGGGGAGACCAGGGCCAGCCAGGGGAGACCAGGGGAAGCCAGGGCCAGCCGGGGGAAGCCAGGGCCAACCAGGGGAAGCCAGGGGAGACCAGGGCCAGUACUGUUCCACUCGAGGCCAGUGGCCAUCGAAGAUCAACAUUUACCUACUGAUGUCAGUUACGACGCUGAACUGCAGUCAAGUCAAGACCCUGGUGAGGAAGAAGGGCACACAGAUGAGCUUCCCUGAGGUGGUUUAUGACAGUCUGUGCUGA